AUGGGUAUGUUACUUUCACCGCAACCAACUAUUGAAAAUUUUGAGCAAAGUCUCAUGCUGUUUUCUCGCAUUGUGGAUAAUGAUCAGCCAUCAAUUGAUGAAAUUUUCCGUUACAGAUUGGAUAUUGUUCUAGCGGAAGGGUUACAGUUUAAG